UAUCACCACUCCAUAAAAUUUACCUUUUAAAUUUUGAUAACACUUUCUUAACACACAACACUUUAAACAAAAAUCAAAAUUUCAUUCAUCUUACAUUUCGAGGCGAAGCUAUUCCUUUGUUAAACCUCUUCGAUUAGUUCACAUAUUUUUCUCUAAAUCCUUUAAUAAAGAUUAUAACUCCUCCACAACCCUACAAGUGUGACAUCAUUGUCAUACAAGGGAAAACCGGCAUUUCAUAGUUACCGGUGUUUGUUCUCUUAUAUAAUAUAAACUUUUCACUUGCAUAUUAUAUUUUCAUUACACAUAUAUGUAUUUACCAAACAUAUGAUUAAUUAAUUAACUUACCAAAAAAAUAAAAUAAAAAAAAUCCAUGGAGUAUGAAGAUCAACAAAAGCAAAGAGAAGAACCAUCUCCAAAUUACCCAACAACAACAACAAAAAUGUCACCAAGUCCUCAACUCCAACUCGAACCGGUUCAACUCGAACCGGUUCAGCUCUGGACCGGCUCCUCCACCGCCACUAAACCAAAAUACAAAGAAUGCUUAAAGAACCACGCCGUGUCUAUCGGCGGCCACGCCGUAGACGGCUGUGGUGAGUUUCUUCCUUCAGGUGAAGACGGUUCAAUUGAUUCUUUGAAAUGUGCAGCUUGUAACUGUCACCGGAAUUUCCACCGGAAAAUUACUCAGCCACCAUCGUUUACAGCUGGUUCAGGUGGUGGUGAACCGGGUCCGUUUGUGUACUACAGAAGUAUACCACCACCACCACCACCACCUUAUGGGUAUUUGCAAUACCACGUGGCGACUCAUCAGAGGCCAUUAGCUUUGCCGUCAACUUCCGGUGGUGGAUAUAGGGAAGAUCAAGAGGAUAUUUAUAACCCAAAUUAUAGUGGAGGUAGUGGCGCGAAGAAGCGAUUUCGAACAAAAUUUAGCCAAGAACAGAAGGACAAAAUGCAAGAAGUUGCUGAUAAAUUAGGGUGGAGAAUACAAAGGGAAGAUGAAGAUUUGGUGCAACAAUUAUGCAAUGAGACUGGACUCACAAGACAAGUUUUCAAAGUUUGGAUGCAUAACAACAAACAUACCCUUGGUAAAAAAACCUAGAACAAAAAAAUAAAUCCAUUAUUUUAUUAGGUAUUUUAUGUUAAUAUUAAUGUUAGAUAUAGACCGGGAGCCUUGGAGUAACGGAUGAAGUUACUGUCAUGUGAACAGAAGACCAUAGGUUCAAUCCGUGGAAAUAGCUCACGGCAGAAAUGCUGGGUAAAGUUGCAUACAGUAGGCCCUCGCGGUCCGGCCUUUCUUCGGAUCCUACGCAUAACGGGAGCUUAGCGUACAAUAGGCUUUCGUGAUCCGACUUUUCUUCGGAUCCUAAGUGCAUCAAACUGUCCUUUAUUAAUGUUAGAUAUUAUGUAAUUAAGUACUUAUUUUGUAUUAGUAAUAUAUGCCACUUAUGGUAGCUAGAUGACUGAGAAUAAUUUCAUUCUCAGUAGUAUUUAAUAUUAGUAGUAAGUAAAUUUUAGGUCAAAUAUUUGCUAUUUUCUUUUACUAAUUCCACUUGCUUAUCUGGAAAUUAAAUUGAAGUGAAUAUUAAUGGUGGAAAAUGAUAAAUUUGAUAUUGUA